CGUAAUUUUAGCAAAAGAAAAGUGUUCCAUGAAUCCAUGAGUGAUGAUCCAACCACAAUCCAGCAGAGCCAGAAAUCGACGUGACUACUGAAUUUCUAGUGGAUGGUUUAACGUCAAGCUUUACAUUACAUUGGUUCGUACUUGACUUUAAUUAAUUUAAUUUCCUAAACGCCACCGCUUUUAAUUUAAUUUAAUUUAAUUAUUUUUCUCUCCUUGAAGACUUUUUUUCUUUUUCUACCAUUUACUUUUGCUGUUCCACCCUGUCUACCUUCUUCCUCAACUCCAUUUUAUCCUUUUGUUUUAGAAGAUACUAUAAUUAUUAUUAUUUAAAGAAAAAAAUAAAAAAAUGGCGAGGAGUAGAUCAACUUCGUCUUCGAGUAAAUUGAGAUACUGUAACCCUUCGUAUUAUUUGAAAAGACCGAAGCGUUUGGCUUUGCUUUUGAUUGCAUUUGUUUCAGCUACUUUUUUCGUCUGGGAUCGUCAAACUCUCGUUAGAGAACACGAGGUUGAAGUGUCCAAGUUGACUGAUGAAGUGCAUCGAUUACAAAAUAUGCUGGAGGAAUUAAAGAUGAAGGUGGUGCCAAAUGAUCCCAUUGAAAUGCAAAGAAGAGAAAAGGUGAAGGAAGCUAUGAUUCAUGCCUGGAGUUCAUAUGAGAAGUAUGCAUGGGGCAAUGAUGAACUUCAGCCUCAGUCAAUGAAUGGAGUCAAUAGCUUUGGUGGUCUUGGAGCAACAUUAAUAGACUCUCUUGAUACUUUAUAUAUUAUGGGUCUAGAUGAGCAGUUCCGAAGAGCAAGAGAGUGGGUUGCAAACUCAUUGGAUUUUAAUAAGGACUAUGAUGCCAGUGUUUUUGAAACAACCAUAAGAGUUGUUGGUGGACUUCUUAGUGCAUAUGAUCUUUCAGGCGACAAGGUUUUCCUUGAAAAAGCUAGAGAUAUUGCUGAUAGAUUGCUACCUGCCUGGGAUACUCCUACUGGGAUCCCCUAUAAUGUUAUCAACUUGGCUCAUGGAAAUGCACAUAACCCUGGAUGGACUGGGGGCGAAAGUAUUCUUGCAGAUUCAGGGACAGAGCAACUAGAGUUUAUUGCUCUUUCGCAAAGAACAGGAGAUCCCAAGUAUCAGGAGAAGGUGGAGAAGGUUAUAGUUGCGCUUAAUAAAACUUUUCCAGCAGAUGGUUUGCUUCCCAUCUAUAUUAAUCCUGACAGAGGAACUGGUUCAUACUCUACUAUAACUUUUGGUGCUAUGGGUGACAGCUUCUAUGAAUAUCUGCUCAAAGUAUGGAUACAAGGAAACAAAACAUCAUCUGUAAAAUUUUAUAGAGAUAUGUGGGAGAUAUCAAUGAAAGGUCUACUGAGCUUAAUUAGAAGAUCAACACCAUCAUCUUUUGCAUAUAUCUGUGAGAAAAAUGGGGAUUCACUGACAGACAAGAUGGAUGAAUUAGCAUGCUUUGCUCCAGGAAUGCUGGCUUUAGGGUCAUCUGGUUAUGGUCCUGGGGAGGCAAAGAAAUUUUUUUCACUUGCUGAAGAGCUUGCUUGGACUUGUUACAAUUUCUACCAGUCCACACCAACAAAAUUAGCUGGAGAGAAUUAUUUCUUUAAUUCUGGACAAGACAUGAGUGUGGGUACAUCCUGGAACAUAUUGAGACCAGAGACUAUUGAAUCGCUCUUUUACCUGUGGCGCUUAACUGGUAACAAGACAUAUCAAGAGUGGGGUUGGAAUAUAUUUCAGGCAUUUGAAAAGAACUCCAGGAUAGAAUCUGGAUUUGUCGGCCUGAAGGAUGUUAACACUGGUGUUAAAGACAACAUGAUGCAAAGCUUUUUUCUCGCGGAGACGCUGAAAUAUCUCUAUCUUCUUUUCUCACCCCCUACAGUCAUCCCAUUGGAUGAGUGGGUAUUCAACACAGAAGCACACCCUUUAAGAAUCAUUAACCGCAACGAUGCAAAUUUUGCAGAAUCCAAAGGGCAACGUAAACCAGUGAUUAGAAAACAAGGCAGGAAGACAGGUCGACUGGGUGGUAAUUAGGGUUCAUUUGCAGUUCAAUGUUUUUGGCUGACCUCACUCAUAUGAUUUUAGACCUCAAAUAGAUGACAAGCUCAAAGUUUUACCGUUGUACUUUCUUGAAAUAGAAGAAGAGUCGGUCUCCGGCUCCCAUCAGGGAAGCAUGCCGCUCAAACUAAAUCCUUCGUUCCAGGUUUAGUGCAGACUGUUGUAUCAUUUAUUCGUAUGGCUUGAAAUGCCAUCUCUUUUUCCUAUAAAAUGGAUAUCUAGCAAAGAAUGUAGUCAACAAGUUUACAGUCAUUUCUCGAGGCGUUUCUCAUACAAGUUUUAACAGGCUUUGUGUAGGAUCUCCGUUCGGAGUCCUUGUGAACGAAACGAAUGUUUUAUUUACAUUUUCGCAUUUUACAUAUAAGGUAAUAGUCAUCCGAAUGAUUUGCUUCAUUUUAGGCGCUAUUUCUUCAUUGGUCUUUUGACAUAAAUUGCUUCACCCUUUUUUAGUAUUC